AUGCAAGGUAUUAAUCAAUUGAGUCUAUAUGAUAGACAACUAAGGAUUUGGGGAACAUGGGGACAAGUUUUAUUGGAAAAAGCUCAUAUAUGUCUUAUUGGUCCUGAAACAGCUUUGUUACAGGAGACUGUAAAGCACCUAGUCCUACUUGGUAUUUCCAAUUUUACUUGGUUAUAUCUAAAUAGGGAUUACAUAAAAUCCAAAUCGUCGUCCUCGGAGUUGCUUUUCAAAGAUCUGGUGGAUGAGAUGUCGCAACUACGUUCAGAGGAAAUUCGUAUUCGUAGAGUAUCAUCUCGACAAGAUAUUAAAGAUUACUCCAACUUUAGUGCUAUAAUAGUAUUAAAUAAUAAUGAUAAAGUUGAUACAAUAUUCCAUCAUAGUCAAACAAAGUUACCACCAAUCCUUACCGUACAAACAGCAGGUUUUUACGGAUUUUUGAAAUUAACAUUAUCUGAACCUCACUUUGUCCUUGAUCCGCAUAAUGAAUAUCAACAAGUAGAUCUUAGAUUAGAUCAACCUUGGCGAGCUUUAAAAGACUAUAUGGAUGAUAUCAAAAUGAAGGGGAUGGAUAUUGAUGAUGUUGCGAAGUAUCCUUAUCCAGUAAUCUUAGCUAAAAUGUUACAGGAACUAAUAAGAAGGAAUACAUCCUCAAUAAACACCACUGUGAUCAAAGAUUCGUUGGAAAAAAUUUAUUGUAGUGAAUGGGUUCAUAGGGGCUAUGAAAGCAUGAAUUAUUUAGAGGCACAAAGGUUUGCUUUUCGAACAAUUACUAAACCUGAACAUGAUCAAUUUAUCAAAACUUUAAAUGAACAGGUCUAUCCCUAUCUAAUUACCCAGAUGGGAGUUUUAAAAGAUAAAUGGUGUGACCCGAUGAAUAGGAAAAUAUGGUACCUUAUUACUACAUUAAUUAAAUUUAUUGAAGAAACAGAGAUGGGGCUGCCGUUACAAGGAGAUUUGCCAGAUAUGGAAUGUGAUAACAGCGAAUAUCAAAAGUUUAAAGCAAUUUAUGAUAUUCAAAGAUCGCAUUAUUUAGAUUUGCUGGAACAUAAACUACAUCAGAAUUCAACAAAUGAAUUAAUUGAUCGGCAGGUGCUAGAAAUAUUCAGUAAAAAUAUUCUAGAUCUAACUAUUAUCAAACCGUUAGAAAAUGGAGAGACUGCUGGGUCAUCAGAAUUAUACAAAGUAUUAACACAGAAUCAUGAUUGUAGGUACGAUAUACAAGCACAAAAACACAAGUUUCAUAAGAUAUCGGAACCAUCAUUAUUUUGUGUUGAUGUCUUCCUUGCAGGUUUGGUAGCACAAGAAACCAUAAAAUUGAUUACACAUCAAUUUGUUCCGAUCAAUAAUACAUUUGUAUAUGAUGGUUAUGAUGGGACAUUCACAGAAAUUAUAAAGGUUUAA